AUGACCGCUGUAUUCGAACACUCGAACCGCGACCCGCUCGCAGGUCCUCCGGUGAACUCUGCAUCCAUCACACCACCGCAGAGUGCCAACGGGAAGAAAGAUGCACCUGAAGGGGUACCUUCGGAAUUAUCAGACCUUGAGUUAGAUGCCAAAUCAGCAACCGCUCAGGACGAUAUCCCUAUAAAGAUGGAAGAAAAGGAAGAGCUGGAACCCGAAGAAGAAAUCGAACCCGACCAUUACUAUGGUGGUGGAAAAAUUCCUGUGUUCAAGCCAACAAUGGACCAAUUUCGCGACUUCCAAUCCUACGUCAGCAAGAUUGACAAGUACGGAAUGAAAGCUGGCAUUGUGAAAGUGGUUCCCCCAAAGGAAUGGAUCGACGCUCAAAAGCCGCUGGACGAGCAAGUGAAGUCGAUUCGAGUGAAGAACCCUAUCAUGCAAGAAUUCCAUGGGUCGCAUGGUACCUACACCCAAGCCAAUAUUGAACGCCAACGAACCUAUAACCUGCCCCAAUGGAAGGGCUUAUGUGAGGAAAGUAGCCACCAACCGCCCGCUCGCCGUGGAGAACGACGUCGCAACCAGGAACGGGCAAGAGUGACCGCAACACCGCGACCUCAGUCUGGUCCAGAGGGCCAGAAGCGCCGACCGGGCCGUCCUCCAAAGCGUACCAACCAAGUCCAAAUCAAAGAAGAACCUACAGAUGAGGCGGAAAAGUCCAAGUCUGAAGGCCCUCCCACGCCCGUGUCGCCUGAAUCAAACCCUGUCGAGGCUAAGAGCGAAGACCUGAGUGAUGGAGAGUCGCUCCCAGCCACGAAACCCAAGGGAAGACAACCCAAGUCUGUCACAUCACGACGCAAGAAUAACCGCGGAGAAACAGUCGAUCACAUUGAUGAGGCCGCGUUUGAAGGCUUCGAUUACCGCAUUCAUGACCAUGAAGAUUACACUGCUGAAAGAUGCGAGGAACUUGAGACCGCUUACUGGAAGUCGCUCAUGUACAACAACCCAAUGUACGGUGCGGACAUGCCUGGCUCCCUCUUCGAUGAUGAGACCACAUCCUGGAACGUCGCCAAAUUGCCAAAUUUGUUGGAUGUCCUUGGACAGAAUGUGCCUGGUGUCAACACAGCCUACCUCUACCUAGGAAUGUGGAAGGCCACCUUUGCUUGGCACUUAGAGGAUGUGGAUCUUUACAGUAUCAACUACAUCCAUUUCGGUGCGCCCAAGCAAUGGUACAGCAUCUCCCAGGAAGAUGCCCCGCGCUUUGAGGCUGCGAUGCGGAGUAUUUGGUCGAGUGAUGCCAAGAACUGUGAUCAAUUCCUGCGACACAAGACUUACCUUGUCUCACCGAGUCUGCUCAAGUCACAGUACGGGAUCACCGUGAACCGAUUGGUCCACUACGAAGGGGAGUUUGUCAUUACUUUCCCCUACGGAUACCAUUCUGGCUACAACAUCGGGUACAACUGUGCCGAGUCUGUCAACUUCGCAACAGAAAGAUGGCUGGACUAUGGUCGGAUUGCGAAGAAGUGCAAUUGUGAAGCAGACAGCGUCUGGAUUGACGUGGAUGAGGUUGAACGCAAACUGCGUGGCGAAGCCACUCCCGAAUACUAUGUGGACUACGACAGCGGCUUCGAGAGAUUCGAGGGUGCUUCGGAUCUUUUGACCCCUCCACGCAGCGUACCUGAGAAAACCUCCACACGUGGCCGAAAGAGGAAAGAUGCGGGUGACGGGCCGAGGACCAAACGACCCAAGCUCCACACCGAAGGCCCGCGGAAGAUCCCGUGUCUCCUAUGCCCUAAUGACCUUGACUACGAAGAUCUGUUGCCCACCGAGGAUGGCAAAUACCAUGUGCAUCGGCGAUGCGCGGCGUUUAUCGAAGAAACCAGCAUCCUUCGGGAUGCCUCGGGCAAUGAGGUGGUCUGCGACAUUGACAAGAUUCCCAAGGCUCGCCUGGGACUUAAAUGCCUCUUCUGCCGCGAAGUUCGUGGUGCCUGCUUCCAGUGUAACUUUGGAAAGUGUACUCGUGCCUACCAUCCUACUUGUGCUCUUCUCGCGGGUGUUCAGGUCGAGCAUGGUUUUAUUGCCGUGAAUGCCGAUGAUGGAAAGCAGUAUGCGCUACCCAGUGUGGACCUGAAGUGCAAAUUCCAUCGUCAGAAGCGUCCCUCCGGCUUGCUGAGAGAAUCGUUUGAUUUGGAUCGUGGUGUAAUUGAGGUGGCUCGUCGCCUGGUUCAAGGCGAAUUGAUCCAACUCCAAGCGGACAAAGAGAUUACUGGUGCUAUCGUUCUGCAGAAUCGAUUCGAUGAACGAACAUUGUUGGUUAAGAUUCUCCCGAGAGGAGAUGUAAUUGAGAUGCCAUAUCGCUGGUUACUAGUGGUGCGCAAGAGCAAUUUCGCACCCCUUGCGCCGGGAAUUCAGGCCCUACCGGCCCACUUGGCGCGAAAGCCUGAACAACGAAAGGACCUGGAGGUUGCGGUACCGGUCGCCGGUAGUGCGUUUGGCGACGGCCGAUCUGCUUACCAGUGGGCCGAAUUUCAGACAGUGGAUGCAGCUAAGAUUCAAUUUGCCCCACUGUCCAAGGUCGAUUUGGCCAAACCGGAACAGGUGUGGCAUUACCUGGGCGCGCAGUCCACCGAGAGUAGGGCACAGUAUACGCACAACCCUAGCGUACUCAUCCACAACCCGCGGGCCAAUUUCCUGGACAGCGUCAAGUCGCUUGGCGUGGCCGGAGUCGGUGCUCGUGCAUUGAAGAUCUCACCCCACUACCAUUCCCAUGCUGUUACCGCCCCUGCCCCUCUUUACCAGCAAAAUCUUUACGCCCAACACCGACCGCAAAAACAACAUAAACACGAACCUCUCCCACACGCCAACCAAACCCCUCACCUACAAUCCCGACCGCCCACCUCUGCCGCCUCCCUGCAGAACCUUGCCCCUCCCCCUCAUUCUGCUCCUUCCACCGGUGCUGCUGCUGCUGGUCCUGCGAUGCCGUCGGCCUUUCGAACUUUGCCGAAUUCAACUGCCCGCCAUGCCCCCUACCCUUCGGUCACCAAGUCGCACGUUCAGCAGCAGCACCACCUUCCCGCCACCAAUACCUUUGCUAAUGUUCGGGAACUCAUUGCCCGUCGGCGCCUCGCCCAGAUCACCGACCACGCCAAUGUCUUCGCCGGGUAUACGAUCGUUAGCCCCGAAUUGGUGGUAGAAACUUUGUUGGGUCCUAUGGGAUCCAUUCCCCCACCCAAUGGGCUCGAGAAACUCGAGCUGGCCAUGGCCCAGCAGCGGGUGCAGCCACGGGCGGCCGAUGGUACUUUGUUACCGCCUCAGACCCUGAACAUGCGGUCUGAAGAGGUAACACGGCUCCUCAACAUGCUUCGGUUCUCAUUAGUCAGCCAUCGCGAGCGUCUGGAUGUCAUCCAAAGGAAGGAGUCGGAAGGCGUCAAGUUGGAGACCAUUGAUCGAGGAAGUGUGGCCGCCGCCAGAAUGCCCGGUAAAUACGCUUUUCUCGACCAGCAGCGGGAAAUGGCCCCCAAUGUUUAUCAAUCUCCGUACAACAUGCCGUCGGGCCUAUCCGAGUACGCCAAGACCACGUACGAGUUGAUUCCAUCGCCGGACGAACCGCCCAAGUCGUCGCUGGCCAAUGAUUUCUUUGCUCGUCUCUCCCCAGAGGACCAAGAGAAGAUCAUGAAGACUUGCGGUAGCUUUGUGCAGCGUGCCAUCGAUCGCUCGACCAGCCAUAGCCGGCACAGCUCAGCAUCAAAUCUUCGACUGCAGUCGGCACUUGCUCAGCAGACGGAAAAUCCGACGAUCGACAUUACCACCGUUGAUGACCCACCCCUGUCCGGUCUGGAUCUGCCUCUUCAUGCCGAUUCACCGUGCUCUAGUUUCGGUCGGUCGCAUCUGCGGCUCCAGUCACCAAACGACUUCCCAAUCCAUGGUCCCGAUCCCCACCCUGAUCACCAUGAUCUUUUUGGGGACCAACAGGCCAAUACCCGCUUCUGGCAGAACGGGCCGUGGGUUGCUGGCGAUGGCAAUACCCCCAACGACGAGAAUCGACCCUUCUUUGGUCCUCAUGAGCGACUCAAGCACGACUAUGCAUCUUCUGACAUCUCCUUGGGCAAGGGACCGGGCUCGUUACACUCCGUCGAUAUGGCCGGCUUCGGCUUUGACGGACCUGAUGAUCUCAUUGGCGGACUCAGUCCCUAA